UGAAUUCAUUGUCAUGUUUAAAAGCAGACGGUUUGAGCUUUCUGACAGGCUGUGUUAACCUGCUGGCAGUAGCCAUCACAAGAUGCUGCACUGUGGUCAUCAAAGGUCAUGCAACAAUGAUUAGGCAGGCUGUGUCGUUUAAUCAAUGCCUAAGUGAUACUAAUGGACCCAAAGCGUCCUUAGAAAAUCUCCACACAUCAUUAUACCAGCAGCAACAGCAGCCUCAACCUUUACAAGAAAAGAUGGAUCUGUGCUUUGGUGUUGUUUAUGUCCAAUUCUGAGCAGAUCAUGUGAGUGUGGCAGCAGAAAUCACAUAACCUUUUGUCAUCUGUGCCGCCGAACGAUGGCUGCCUCCAGGAAACUGGCGUCCUUCCGCCUUCCUCCGCUGCCCACUGUGGGAGAGCUGAUAAAGCUGUACAACCUGCGAGCCGAGAAACAGCUGUCCCAGAACUUCCUGCUGGACCUGAGGCUCACGGACAAAAUCGUGCGCCAGGCAGGGAGUUUGAGGAAUGCUCAUGUGUGUGAGGUGGGCCCCGGCCCCGGGGGCCUCACCCGCUCCAUCAUCAAUGCCGGAGCGGCGGACCUGGUGGUGGUGGAGAAAGACACUCGCUUCAUCCCGGGGCUGAAGCUCCUGUCUGAAGCGGCGCCGGGCAAGCUGAGAAUUGUGCACGGCAACAUCCUCACCUAUAGAAUAGAUCGAGCUUUCCCCGCAAGUGUCUCCAGGCCGUGGGAGGGAGACCCGCCCAACCUGCACAUCAUCGGGAACCUCCCGUUCAGCGUCUCGACGCCGCUCAUCAUCAAGUGGCUGGAGAACAUCUCCAACAGGACGGGGCCGUUCGUCCACGGGCGCACUCGGCUCACGCUCACCUUCCAGAAGGAGGUGGCAGAGAGGCUGACGGCCAGCACCGGCAGCAGACAGAGGAGUCGUCUCUCCAUCAUGGCUCAGUAUCUCUGCACCGUCCACAGCUGCUUCACCAUCCCCGGACGCGCCUUCGUUCCCAAACCGGAGGUGGACGUCGGGGUCGUCCACUUCACUCCUCUGGUCCAGCCUCAGAUUCGGCAGCCCUUCCGGCUGGUGGAGAAAGUGGUCCGGAACAUUUUCCAGUUCCGCAGGAAGUACUGCCACCGAGGAGUCGAAAAGUUGUUUCCGGAGGCCCGCCGCGAGGAGCUGACGCAGGAGCUGCUGCGCCAGGCGGACGUGGACCCCGUCCUCCGGCCCACCGAGCUCACCAUCCCCAAGAUCGGGGCUCUGGCUGACGCCUACGCUCACCUCUGCGCCCGAGAGGCCGGGCUGUUCGACUACGAGUUCCGAGAGGAGCUCAGACUGAAGCGUCUGUCCGGGAAAGGCGAGACGCCGGCGGACGCGCCUCUCGGAGAAGGCUGCUAAUAGCUGCUUUCAGCACGGCAGGACAACAAACUGCUCUUAGUCCGGACUUGUCCACCUGGCAUUAGCAUGCAUUUUUAAAGUCUCUCCUCCUGCACCGAGGCAGCAGGAGGGAAUGUGUGAGCGUGAAACCACGGGACAAAUCAAAACUCCCGAAAGGCUCCAAAGCCGUUUUCCAGAGUCAUGGGAAGAGAGAGUCGGCCUGCAAGUUUCCCGCGGCCGCUCUUUAAGCGCUAAAUAUCUCUUUAUGUCCCAGUUCUUCCUUCCUAUCCAUCUCGCAUAACAUGGCGUCCCGUGGGAGCUGAAAGAAGGUUUUCCAAGGCGAUUUAGAGGAGGAGAACAACCUGGCAGCCUGAUAUCAAGGCCGUUUUUCUCCUCAGUGUGUGUCGUGGUCACCGGGGACACGGCGCUUAAAGGGACAAAGACAGCGACGCGCUUUUGUCGACUGAUUGAAAACACCCAAAGAGAAGGACUGCUAUUAAAAUAAAAUGAUUCUCCUCGGCUGAAAAACCUGUCUGUGGCAGUAUUUUUUGCGAUUCUCGUUGUUUGCGCGGGAUUACGUGCGAUCUGUCUGUUUGCGUUCCACCGAUCAUGUUCUUCUAACCAGAUUAACUUGUGGCUGUCGAGCUGGCAAGACGACACAGCCGUCAGUCCUCCGCUGAUUCCUACACAUGUCAGGAGACGGUUUGACUGACUCGUGCUUGAAAGCUUGAAAGCCGUGGUAUUUAAUAAGACGGCGGUUCGAGCGGUUCUGAGCGCCGCUCUCUGAAGCCGCGAGCAGAUUGCAGCCAUCAGAUUGUGGCCGCGGCGCUCCCUGCCAGUGCGGCAGAUGGUGCGCUUCGGUCCACUUGCCAGAGGCGGAAUUCUCUCAGUUCUGAUGAAAGGUGGGCGAUAAUCUCCAACCACAAUCAAGAGUCCGCACAGCAGAUCUGCACCAGUGAGCCUGCUCUAUUAUCCAGCCUCCAGCAGCGCCAUGUGCUUUUAUUUUGGUUUAUCUCAACACGUCCGAUGUAAUUAAUGGAAGGAAAAUGAGAUCACAGAGAUCAAUAAAUAUGAAUAAAGUUGAAUUGUUUGCA